AUGAGUUGUUUCAAUCCUGAAAAACCCACCAUCUCAAUGCUUCCUCCAACCACACUUGGUUAUCAAAAGCUAAGACACGAUGAGGCAAGGAGCAGGUUCAGGUUCAAAAGGGUUCCCCUCAGAAGAAGGUUGAGGCUCAAAGUCCCAAGCUUGAGAAAAUUGUGGAGAAAAAGAAGGAGGCUGGUUUCUUCCAUGAGAGUUUCGUAUGCCAAAGUUUUGAAGAGAUUCAGAGAUGGUCAGGUCCAUUUUGGCGAACUUUUUGCUGGCAACUACUUGUUCAUGCAUGUCAACCCUACAUCACUCAACUCCCUUCAAAGGGAUCUCUCCCUUCCAACAAUUCCAUAG